AUGAGAAGUGGUGUCUUAGCAGACGUUGCUAAAUCUUUUGUGAAAGAUUAUCUUCAAUCAGGUUUACGAACUGUAUGUACGCCUUAUAUGCAUUUAGUCGGUACUCAUUUAGCCGAACAAGAUAAAUAUGAAAAUCUACCGUCUUAUGACAUGCAAGGAGUCGAAAAGUGUAAUGAUUUACUUUCGUGUCUUUAUUUUUCAUCCAGUAAUAGAGCUAAAAAACCAUUAAGAACCAUGGUACAAACUUUAUAUCGUCGACUUGAAAUGAAUUUUUCAGAUCCCAAAGAUCGAGAAGUAAUGAGUCGAUACGCUCGAACAGGAGUAAUGAACGAAGCAGAUAGCGAAGAAGAUGAUGAUAUUGACACAAAGUCACUGUCUUCUGUUAAUCAAGAUGAAUCACUUGAUUGUUCAUCUAAUAGUACUGAUAGUGAGGAAGAAAAAAGUGAUGAAAAUGACGAAGAAGAAACAGAUGCACCACCAGAUUUCAUGUCACAAUACACGUUUCAAGUAAAAAAGAGAGAAAAUCGUUGGAAGAGUUUUAAGAGAAAAGAUUAG